AUGGAUGGAGGAGUGUACUGUCUUAUUUGUUUUGCUGAAUACACUUUGACUGGUGGGCAUCGAGUGAUUUCAUUAAAAUGUGGCCAUUUAUUUGGAGCAGAGUGUAUCGAAAAAUGGUUGAAUGUAUAUAAAAGAAACUAUUGUCCAACAUGCUCGGCUCCUUGUAGAAAAACUCAUCUUAGACCAAUCUUUGCAGCAAAAGUGGAAGCGACUGAUACUGAGAAAGAAAAGCAAAUCAUAGAUAAAUAUAUAAAAGAAAAUGAAAUAAGAAAAGCUUUGGAAAUAGAAGUUUCAAAGUUAAAAUCACAUAUUGAAAUACUAAAAUCGUCUUUUAAACAAAAUUUAACUGCAACAAAACCUGUGGGCUCUAAAAUUCAUAUGCGCUUUGUCAAAUAUUGCAAGAUUCACUUUUUCCCCGAUGAUAGCUUUGUUGAAUUUGAUGCUAUAAAUCAGGCUGUAAUCAUUUCUUGCCGUAAAAAUGGUGAUUUUGGACUGUUUAAAUAUUCUCUUUCAAAUUUUUCGAUAAAUUCGUUUAUCAAAUUUGGAGAUGCCGUGAGAGAUUUUAAACUAAGCCCAUUUAAUGAUGGUCUUUGUCUGGUUGCAUAUAGUAGGUGUGUUUCACUUUUAAACAUUUAUACUGAAAAUACCAUAAAAUCUUUGAGUUUUGAUACUAAUGUUUCGGCUAUCUGUUUUUCAAGUUUAGAUCGAGACUUAAUCUUUGUUGCUGAUAUGAUUGGAUGGCUUUAUAUUUGUAAUUUGACCAGUGGUAAAAUAAAAAAGGCUAAAGUUUGCAACGAAAAUAUUCAUAGUAUUGCUAGUGCUGAAGAUAUUCUUUGUGUUGCAUCCGUUUUUGGCCUUUAUAUUCAUGGAGGAAGUUCCUAUGAACAAAUAUCAUUUAAGAAAUUAGAAUCUGAUACUCCUGGUAUCUGUAGUGGAGUUACAUCGGAUGGGAGAAACGUAUUGGCAGUUUUUAGAAAUGCUGAAUACACUGUAAGUGGAAUUUUGCUAGGCAAAAAACACAUUGUAUUUGAUCCUGAAGUAAAACAGCUAUUUAAACACAAUGACAAAGUUUUCAACGGCUAUAUAAUGGUUUGUGAUGAUUUUAGAAAUGCAAUUAAAGUUUUAGAUUUGAAUACGUUUCAAAUGGUAUAUUCCUAUGCUUUUAAAGAAGCUGUUGUGGGGUUUUGUGGUGAUUCAACAGUUUUGGCAGUUUUGACUAAAAGAGGAAUUUAUAUUUAUGAUAAUGGAUAA